AAGACGAAGGAGGCGGUGGCGGAGGGCGGGGCGGAGGGUCUGGCGUUUGCGCCUUUCACCAGAUCAGGAGGCCGCGCCGCUGAGCUGACCAGCAGGAGUGAGCAUUUCAGAAAUAAUCAAGUGAACCUGUUGCAACACCAUGCUGGCAGCAAGGUUUGUGUGUCUCCGGACCCUAACCCUACCUUCCAGUACUCUCCACACAACACUUACAAAGACCUCUCCUGUUUUGAGGAAUUCCAUUCUGAAGACAAAUCAAUGGCUCUUGCAAUCCAACAGGGGCUAUGCCACCAAAUCAAGAAUUGGGGUCCGACGUGGAAGAACUGGCCAAGAAAUUAAGGAAGCAGCAUUCGAGCCAUCAGCAGAAAGGGUGUUUAAAAUUGAUCAGAUGGGAAGAUGGUUUGUUGCUGGAGGAGCUGCUGUUGGUCUUGGAGCACUCUGCUUCUAUGGCUUGGGAAUGUCAAAUGAGAUUGGGGCUAUUGAAAAAGCAGUAAUCUGGCCACAGUAUGUGAAAGAUAGAAUUCAUGCCACCUAUAUGUAUUUCGCGGGGAGUGUUGGUUUGACAGCAUUGUCUGCCUUAGCAGUUAGCCGAUCACCUGCUUUAAUGACCUUUAUGAUGAAAGGCUCUUGGUUGACAAUUGGAGCAACUUUUGCAGCCAUGAUUGGAGCUGGAGUGCUGGUUCGGUCAAUAUCAUAUGAGCAGAGCCCAGGCCUAAAACAUCUUGCUUGGAUGUUCCAUUCUGGUGUCAUGGGUACAGUGGUGGCCCCUUUGACUUUGUUGGGUGGCCCUCUGAUCCUCAGAGCCCUUUGGUAUACAGCAGGCAUUGUGGGUGGCCUCUCUACUGUAGCCAUGUGUGCUCCAAGUGAAAAAUUUCUAAACAUGGGAGCACCACUGGGAGUGGGCCUGGGUGUUGUCUUUGUUUCUUCUUUGGGAUCUAUGUUUCUGCCACCUACUACUGCACUUGGGGCUAGUCUUUAUUCUGUGGCAAUAUAUGGUGGAUUAGUUCUUUUUAGCAUAUUCCUUCUACAUGAUACACAGAAAGUCAUCAAGCGUGCAGAAAUAAUGCCCAUAUAUGGCACAGAAAGAUAUGACCCCAUUAACUCGAUGUUGUCAAUCUACAUGGAUACAUUAAAUAUCUUUAUGCGAGUAGCCACCAUGCUAGCAACUGGGAGCAACAGGAAGAAGUGAACUGAUUGCAUUUUGAACCAUCCAAACCUCAUUAGAUACUCUUGCUUGUGUUCUUGGUGUGUAUACUUGUUAAAUCAUUUCUUGUACAAGCAGCUUUGGUUGAAGUCAGAAGUUCAGAGCCACCUCAGCAUGGUUAAGAUAUUCUAAUACAGUGUGAUGCUUCAAGUUCUACCUUUCUUGAGAAUAAAUUCACCAUUCUCUUGCAAAUAAGCAUAUAAAAUUUCCAGUUUUCAUCUUUGAGUAAUUGCUAACGGAAAAAAAUCAAACUUUUCAGUAGUAUCACUUUAUUUCAACAUUCUGUUUGUCCAUAUUUUUUACUUGUUUCAUAAUAUUAUUUAACAAAGACUCUUAUUGCCAUCCAAAAAUGAGUCAAGUGUGUACAAGAGAGAGCCCCAGGAUUGCUGUAAAGGACCUAUCUCUAGUUUUAGAUUCAGCCGUAAGAAUGUUAAGUGAUCGCCACUUGCUAACUGGCAAUGGUUAGGGUUUAUCAGGUCUAGUUAUUGAUGUAUAGCUGCCUUUAACAUGAUUAGCACCCAACUGAUAUUUUCAGGUGAAACAUCUAUCCCAAAAAGACAGCCAAGUGUCAUUGUGACAGUACCUUUGGAAUAUCAAUAUGAUACUUGUAUUUUAAGUGUAGGGAAGGUGCUUUGGCAAUCCAUCCAAUCUCAAAAUGUUAACCUCCCCCAAGUAUUCCAUCCAGUCUCAAAAUGUUAACCUCCCCCAAGUAUUCCUAUCAUAGUUUAUAUUUGUAAGUUCUGUUUUUUUAUCUUCUAGAACUAUUUAUUUUGAGACAUAUUUUGCUUUAAACUUAAAGCUUCAAAAGUAUCAAAUAGGUUGCCUAUUCCAACCUUGCUACAGGAAAUACAUUGACACACAGAGAUGUUGCUUUUUCAACAUAGGUCAAAGAUUGUGGCUUAUCUGUCUUUUGUUUUUUAAAAAGAUCCUGUUUGAUGUUUAGGAUGUGGCGUCAUUUCACUUUCCAGCACUAUCAAAGAUCAAUGUUACUGCAUCCUUCCCCCACUAAUGCUAAAAUUAGAGGCCAAAUUAAUUCUGUCUUCAUAAAAUAUUGUUUUUAUUAAUGUUAAUUUUUCCACAGAUUUUCCCCCUCAGUCCAUUAUUAAUUUAGAAACAACUUUGUUUUAAGUAAAGCUUGGAAAUUUAUGACACAGAAUAAGUUAUUUUUGGAAGUUUUUUAAUGAAUGAAAUUGAGUAUGUAAAAUUAUUGCAAUGAUAUAAUUACUAUUUCUGGCAAGAUGUGUUUUAUCACCAGCUAUCCAGAAAUAGCUGAUCUAUCCAUUGGAGAGAUAAUGAUGUGCUUAUUUCCGAAAUAAUAAAGAUCUAGCCUGAUA